UCAAGGCAAACUCUUGAGUCCCCAACAUGUUUCCUUCUUCCUCCUCAGCUGAUCCUUCACAAUUGAUCCAAAUUGUUCCAAGAUAUGUUCACUCAAGAAGAUUGCUUCUACACAAUUCCCAUUACCAGUCACCGGGCAAGGCGCCGCCGCCGGCUGGCACGGCAAACGUCCUUGACUCAUCAGACUCAUCAGACCCCUACACCACCGGAAGUAGCUUGGAUGCCAAUGUAAUAAUGAUCCUUUCAGUUCUUUUGUGUGCCUUGAUUUGUGCACUGGGGCUAAAUUCCAUCAUUAGGUGUGCAUUGAGGUGGUCAAGCCGAGUCACCUCCAACACAACGAGCCAGAAGUUGGCCAACACAGGAGUCAAGAGGAAAGCCCUCAAGGCUUUCCCCACUCUAACAUACUCAGCUGGGUUAGAGCUACCUGGCUUGGACUCGGCAUGUGCUAUAUGCCUAUCAGAGUUCUGUCCAGGGGAACGAGUCAGGAUCCUACCCAAAUGCAAGCAUGGGUUUCACAUCCGAUGUAUUGAUAAAUGGCUGAGUUCACACUCGUCAUGCCCAACCUGUAGGCACUGCCUGAUUGAAACGUGUCAGAAAAUUGUUGGUUGCAACAGCCAAGUUAGCUCAUCUGAGACGACGAUGACAACGUCGCCGGAACCGGCAUUCGCCGGAGGGAUUGUCCCAUUAGAACGUGAAGAUUUUAUACGUGGUCAUCAGGGUAUUUGUUAGUUGGUGCACUUUCAACAGUAGACCCAUUCCUUGGAAGCUUUGCCUUAGUUUUUUUAAGACCUUCUGAAUUUUGGGGCUACAAGGUGGGGACCCCAGUAUCUUAGUCACCAGAGAAAAAGAGUGUGUACUAGUUGUAACUUGUACAAUCUGAGAAUGUGUGAUUCCUUAUGUCUGCUUCUUUCUUCCUUACUAUAUUACUCUUCAACAAAUGGGGUUGGAGCAGGAAAAGAAUCAACCAAGUAGGCAAAAAGGAAGAAAUAUGGUUUUUUUUUCCUUAUCCAAUGAAGGAAAAAAUGAAUGGAAGAUGAGAGGGAAACCACUCAGAGCUUCAAAUCAGUUGUACUAAAAAGUGGUAUUUGUUACCUAGUAGUCACGUUUUAAAAAGUGGUAUUUGUUACCUAGUAGUCACGUUGAGAUUACUUUGAGCUGGUUGCUUCUGACUUAAAGUGGGAGCCAGAAAUUAUUUUCAGUGUGAUAAUUUAGUCUUAAUUUGGUAUUUUCAAAUAUAUGUUUUACAGCCAAAAAGAAGGGUUGGCAAUUUGAUGUAUGAUAUAAUA